CCUGUUUUGUUUUCCCUGAACAGCCAUAAUGGUGCGCAUGAAUGUCCUGGCUGAUGCUCUCAAGAGUAUCAACAAUGCCGAAAAGAGAGGCAAACGCCAGGUUCUUAUUAGGCCGUGCUCCAAAGUCAUCGUCAGGUUUCUCACUGUGAUGAUGAAGCAUGGUUACAUUGGCGAAUUUGAAAUCAUCGAUGAUCACAGGGCUGGGAAAAUUGUUGUGAACCUCACAGGCAGGCUAAAUAAGUGUGGAGUGAUCAGCCCCAGGUUUGACGUGCAACUCAAAGAUCUAGAAAAAUGGCAGAAUAACCUGCUCCCGUCCCGUCAGUUUGGUUUCAUUGUACUGACAACCUCAGCUGGCAUCAUGGACCAUGAAGAAGCAAGACGAAAACACACAGGAGGGAAAAUCCUUGGAUUCUUUUUCUAGGGAUGUAAUACAUAACGUGCAAAUAAAAUGCCUCAGAGGAC